UGCGCGGGUGGGGACGCCAGGCUGGAGGCGACGGCGAGGGUCCGCGCGCGGAGGGCGCCGGGCGCAACAUGGGCGGCCCGCGGGCCUGGGCGCUGCUUUGCUUCGGGCUCCUGCUCCCGGGAGGCAGCGCCGCGUGGAGCGUUGGGGGAGCCCCGUUCUCUGCACGCAGGAACUGGUGCUCAUACGUGGUGACCCGCACCAUCUCGUGCCACGUGCAGAAUGGCACCUACCUGCAGCGCGUGCUGCAGAAUUGCCCCUGGCCCAUGAGCUGCCCUGGGAACAGCUACAGAACCGUGGUGAGACCCACAUACAAGGUGAUGUACAAGACGGUGACAGCGCGCGAGUGGAAGUGCUGCCCUGGGCGCUCGGGGUCGAGCUGCGAGGAAGUUGUAGGCUCCUCUGGCUUCGUGGAGCCCAGGUGGUCGGGCAACGCCAUGUGGCGGAUGGCACUUCGGCCCACAGCCCUGUCAGGUUGUCUCAACUGCAGCAAAGUGUCAGAGCUGACGGAGAGGCUGAAGGUUCUAGAAGCCAAGGUGGCGGUGCUGACUGUCACUGAGCAGGCAGUGCCCCCGACCCCAGCUGCCCCUGAGGACCCUGCCCCGCUCUGGGGUUCCCCAGCUGCGCAGGGCAGCCCCGGGGAUGGAGGCCUCCAAGGGCUACCAGGAACCAGAGAAAAUGUGAGGGCCCCUCUGCUCCCCCGAGAUGAUCGAGUUGGUGCCCGGGGGCUUCCUGGGCCCUCUGGCCCCAAGGGAGACCCUGGCAGCCGGGGCCCAAUGGGGAUGAGAGGCCUGCCAGGUCCGCAGGGCCCCCCAGGGAGCCCUGGCCAGGCUGGAGCUGUGGGCACCCCUGGAGAGAGGGGACCUCCAGGCCCGCCAGGGCCUCCUGGCCCCCCAGCCCCACUUGGACCACCCUACGCCCGGAUCUCCCAGCAUGGGGACCCAUUUCUGUCCAACACCUUCACUGAGACCAGCAGCUACUGGCCCCAGGGACCGACUGGGCCCCCAGGCCCCCCAGGACCCAUGGGUCCUCCUGGACCUCCUGGUCCCAUGGGCAUCCCUGGGAAUCCUGGACAUAUAGGACCCCCAGGCCCCACUGGACCCAAAGGAAUCUCCGGCCACCCAGGAGAGAAGGGCGAGAGAGGACUGCGUGGGGAGCCUGGCCCCCAGGGCUCCAUGGGGCAGCAGGGAGAACCUGGCCCCAAAGGAGACCCUGGUGAGAAGAGCCACUGGGGGGAGGGGUUGCACCAACUACGCGAGGCUUUGAAGAUUUUAGCUGAGAGGGUUUUAAUCUUGGAAACAAUGAUUGGGCUCUAUGGCUCCUAGCUUACAGAGCUUCCUGCAGCAGCAGGCUCAGCUGGAGCUCCUGGCCAGACGGGUCACCCUGCUGGAAGCCAUCAUCUGGCCAGGUAACGGCAGGGUGGGCAGGCAGGGGCAGCCCCUGCCAGGAAGGGCCUGGGAAGGGCCUGGGGACACAGAAGGCGCCUCCCAAUACUGGAUCCAGACUAGCAGACAGCCACUCUUCAGCCCUUCCAUCCGGCCAGCAGACGGUGUCUGGCACAGAGGAGGUUCUGGUAACUAGUUCUUGUGUGAAUGAGCACCUGCUUUGUGCCAGGUACCUCGCUGGCACAGGCUCCAACAGAUAAGACAGACAGGGUCCUGCUCUCAUGGAGCUUAGGGUGCUGGGGGGAAGCCCUGGAACUGGGCGUUAAACCUAGGGUGAGGAAUACCACAGUGGAGUGAAUACAGGUGGCCACCAAAGCCCACAAGUGCUCCUGAUGCAGGCUGGGGGGUGGUAGAGGGCAUCUCAGGAGGGCUUCCUGGAGGAGGAGGCAUCUAAGUGGAGACCUGAAAGGCAAGGAUCGGGGGCAAGUGAACAGGCAGAGGAACAGCAUGGACAAAAGCCAGGAGACCAGAGAGAACCUAGAGGGACAGUUCCAUGAGGUUGCUGAGGGUGGGAACAGAGGCUAGAAGAUCUGGUAGGGCCCCAUUUGAGAAGGUCCUCGAAGGUAGGUCAGGGAGGCAUGGAAGGAGGUUAGACACCACCUGGCUGUCACAGUGGGCCUAAGGAGGUCUCUCCAUGUUAAACUGGAGCCUGUGGCUGGCCCUGGAGAGAGUCAUGGAUCGGCCACCCCGUUCCUCACCUACCCGUGAAGAGGCCCCAGCCCUUCUCCCAGCUGCCCCAUCUCUCAGCCCAGUCCUAGCACAUCAGUGCACACAGCCUCAGACAUAAUGUCCAACCUCCCAUCUAUUUUACAGAUGGGGAAAUUGAGGCCCCCAGCAGGAAGGAGAGCCAAGGUUAGAGCCAUUUGGCAAAACUGUAGGGCACUCCUUCAUUUGGCAAAACUGUAGGGCACACCUACUGCAGGCUGGGUCUGAGGCAGAUCUCAGGGUACCCGCCUUGGGGAGCUGCCCAUUGGGUGGUGGGCAAUCCUCAGCAUCUAUAGAGAUGAGGGCCAUGGGGUACAGGAGCACCAAAGGAUGUGUGUGAGGAGAAGCCUUCCUGGAAGAUGGGACCCUUGCGUUAGUCAUGGAAGGUCCCUACGAGUGUGCCAGGAGGAAGUGGUGGGAGGGCAGCCCCCGUGGGGACAAAGGCCUAGAAGUGGAAAGGUGUGUGGGUUCUGCUUCCAAAGCUGCUCUCGCCAUGCCACAGGGCUUCCCCAACUUGUGAAAACUCAGACCAUCUCCCAGACCUCCUCCCCUCUCCCAGAGGAAGGACCAAGGACCAAAUCCCAGGCGCUCAGCUCCUUGUCAGGUGUCCCCCGACUCCCCUCUCAGGAGGAUUGGGAGGGGAGCCAGAAGGGACACAUUGUGGCCUUGGAUCUGUGCUCCGCCCCCCUCAGCUGGCUCUGUCUCCAGCAGCCCAGGGAGGAAGUGCCAGGCACCUGGCAGUGUGGCCAGGAGGAGGGGAGUAGAGGAGAUGGAGCCUUCCCCAUUGGCCCAUCAUACACAGCAGGUGCUAACAAAAGACCCAGAGGGGGCUCAUGUUUAGAUUAUAAUCAAUAAUGAUGAUAAUAGUAACAGCUGUCACACAUCCAGUCCACCUGGGCCGGGAAAUUUACAUCCAUCAUCUCCAGUCCUUGCAACAAGCUUUCUAGGUGGGCGACACUGUGCCCACUUCACAGAUGAAGAAACACAGGUUCAGAGGGCUCGUGUGACUCCCCCGGGACAUAGGGAUAGUAGUGGUGAGGCCAGGGGUCCGCCCUAGGUCAGGCCUCUAAAGCGCCAGCUCUUUGGGCUCCAUCGGCAAAGGUUCCCUGACCCCUCUGCUUUGCUAGGCACUGAGUGGGGCCCGGGGGAAACCAAAGCCCUGAAUUUGAUCAUGUCAGAACAGCAUCUCAUGACUGAUUCACAGUGACCAGACCUGCAGGAGCCCUGGGUCGAAAACACACCAACCUAGUGACCAUAAUAAUCCAACAUUUACUGUGAAAACCACUUUCCACUCUUGGUCACAUUGAACACUCUGCAAGGGUGUGACAACAGGAGUGUCAUCCCCACAUUCCAGAUGAGGCUUAAAGGUUCUGGGACUUGCCCAAGGCCACAUAACCGGGACAUGGUAGGGCCAGGACUUGGCCUGAGCUGAUGUUGGAACCUGAGCUUUGCGCUACCCUCCUCCUAUGCUCCCUGUUUUAGGGCAUGAAAUGUUCCUUGACUGUGACUGCAAAUACCUGUCUGCCCCAAGGGCGCCAAAUCUCAGCCCAGAGGUGCAUGAGACCCAGGGUCAGAGUGCUAGACAGUUAUGAGUAUGAGGGUAUAGCUCCCUCCCUGGCAUUGCCUUCAGUGGGAAGCUGGUGCUCACCAGAGUCAGUGUCUCUCCUGUGAACAGUGUUUCGAAGGCUCAGCCAAGUCCUCCAUCCUGGGGCCCUCCCCCUGGAAAAACAACCCAUCCUUCCGAGCUGCCUAACCCCUCAUUUAACUUUGAGAGGGACUGAGGUGAUAGUUACGUAAGGCUUCCUGGAAGAGGUAGGUCCUGAUCUGCGUUUUAAAGGUUGAGUAGUUUUCCAGGUGGGAAGAAUGCCAAUUAUCCGGUUUUACUCUUGGGGGCCAGCUUAUUUGCAGGUUGGGGCAUAUCUCACCAUAGCUAAAUCGAAACUAACUUCAGUAAUUACUGGAGUUGGCCAGGGCCUCUGUAUCUGGAACUGUCCCCCUGGUUUUAGAGAUGAGACAACUGAGGCCCUGACAGAGGUCCAAAGCCACACAGUAGGUCAGUGGCAGAGCCUGGCCUUCCUAAACCCUUCCCCACUACAGGUGGCCUAACCUGAAAAGAGAGGAAGAGUGAGGCUGAUGCCUGGCCUUAGUUUACCCAGCUCUGAAAUGGGAAUGAUUCAGGGCACACCUCUGCUCCAAGAUAUGUUAACGAAAAAAAGAGCUAUACUGUUUAUGGAGCAUCUACUACAUGCUAGGCAUUUCAGAAACAUGGUGGGUUCAUUGAUCCCCACUUGACAGAGAAAAUCAAAUAGAGGCCCUGAGUGUUCUAGUUGGGUUAGGGGCUAAUAACUCCUGGGGGGAGGGGCACUAACCAGCUUUGCAGACCCCCUUCUUUCCCACACCUCUGCCUCUCAGACUUGGGCAGAAAGCCCCACCCCCCACCCCCUCAGAGGGCCAAGGGAAGGUGGGCACCUCACACAGACGUCACUAACCCGGCCUCUUUCCUUCCCUCCCGCAGAACCAGAGGGGUCAGGGGCAGACCCUGCCGGCAUGGGCACCCCCAGCCUCCUGCGGGGCAAGAGGGGAGGACACGCCACCAGCUACCGGAUCGUGGCCCCCAAGAGCCAAAAUGA